AGAAUUUUUUAUGGAUGAGAAUGAAUUCAUUUUACAGCAAUGUCGAUUUCUUGUGCUUCUAUCUUCACUCCUUUCUCUCACCCGCGCUUCCUUCCUUCGCGCUUCCACCGUUGCGCUUUCUUCAGCGUUGCUUCCCUCCAAAAGCCUAUCAAUCCAUGGGAAACCACUAACUCUGCCAUGGCUGCAAAUAUCAUUCCUCCUAUGGCGGGGAACCUGUCUUCUUUGAAUAGAGAGGCCAUGGUGCCACCUUACAAUGUCCUAAUCACUGGCUCAACAAAGGGAAUAGGGUAUGCACUAGCUAAAGAGUUUCUAAAGGCAGGUGACAAUGUCUUGGUUUGCUCAAGAUCAGUUGAGAGGGUGGAGUCUACUAUUCAGAGCUUGAGAGAAGAAUUUGGAGAGCAACAUGUGUGGGGUACAAAAUGUGAUGUAAGAGAAGGACAAGAUGUGAAGGAUUUAGUUGCAUUUGCAAAAGAAAACCUCAAGUACAUUGAUUUAUGGAUUAAUAAUGCAGGAUCAAAUGCAUAUAGCUAUAAGCCUUUAGCAGAAGCAUCAGAUGAAGAUCUUAUUGAAGUUGUUUCUACAAACACCCUUGGUUUAAUGAUAUGUUGUCGAGAGGCAAUUAAAAUGAUGUUGAACCAACCUCGAGGGGGCCGUAUAUUCAACAUUGAUGGAGCUGGUUCAGAUGGAAGACCAACCCCAAGAUUUGCUGCAUAUGGGGCAACCAAGCGUAGUGUGGUGCAUUUAACAAAAUCAUUACAGCCAUUAAAAAAAGAACAGUGGAAUAACAAUACCAGACAAGAAACACAGUUGUACAGGUUCAAACAAAUAGGUCCAAGUAUCAAGGUGCAAAUGAGGCGAGAGGAACAGGUUGGGCAGAGGCGUGAUGGUCAGGGGAGAACAUCGGAAGAAGAUUCAGCUAGAAAAUGUUGUUGGAAGAGGGUUCACGCGCCAGCGCAUGGAAAACUAGUAAGAUCUUAUGUUGGCGUGUGAGUCCACAUGCUUCAUCGGAAGGUGACGAUUCUCUGGUGACAAACCGAUAAGAGGCUGGUUUCCUCCAAGGGUAGAUGGUGACAGUUCAACCCCUUCUACAGGUCACUAGAAGCUUACCCACUUAGAAAACUUAGAUCUUAAAAAAAAAAGAAAAUUACUCCACUAGAAGGUGCCUGUGCUCUGAUACCAUGAUUAACUAGGUAUUUGGAAGAGAAAAAUUCUAUAUUUUCGAUAUAUAAAAACUUUGUACACUUUAUUCUAUUUAUAUACAAUGAUUCUAGAUAUAAAAAGAAGCCUUGAUAGACUAGAAGACUAUCGUAACAGAAAGAAAGUAAUUACAAUUAUAUACAAAUUCUACAACGAAUGAAACACUCAUACAGUCAUACAGGUGAAUGAAACAUGGGAUUCCAACAGUUUUCAACACUUGAAGUCUUGUGUCACAUUGAUCUCCAUUAAUUAUUUGACUUCCUUUCUUCUUGUAAAUUCCACUAAUGCCAUUUAAUUAAGUAUUCUUGACAUAUCAAGGUGAAAAGUACAAUAGAAAUAAGCUCAAAUACACAAAUAAAUGAAUUUAUAACCAAUAGUAAUUAUAACAAUUUUAUAAUACAACCCUUGUAUAUAAUAAAAUUAAUUAUUACAUUCCCAAAAAGAAUAAAAGGAGCAAUCAAUUACAUUGGUUUCCUAAGUCUAUGAUCAUCCAUUAUGUAUAGGCAUACAUUCAACAAUUGAAUGGUAAAACAUUUUAAAUAUCAUAUAUUUAAAAUAAUAUUUGGAAUCUCAUUCCAAUAAUAAAUUAACUUGGUUGAAAUUGUAGUUAAAACAUUUCAACAUGAGAUUUGAAAAUGUAAAUGACCCAAGAACUACCUUAUGUAACUCUUACACAUCAUAGUACGACAUAUGUAUAACUCCAUACUGAAUUGGAAGUGCCCAGUGCAACAUUUGUACCUUCUCAUGCAACCUUUGCAUAAGGUUCAACGUGCCCCAUGCUUGUUAGCAUGCUCCAUGCCAUAGGCAAUUUCACCUAAGGCAUAGUUUAGCAUGCCUCAGGCUAAUGGUCAUGCGUAUUUCGGUAAUUUCACAAUUUAACACUAGGUGCCAGCAUGUCUCAUGCCAGGGGUCAUGCAAAUCUUAGCAAGUUUGAAAUUUUAGCACUGGGUACUAGCAUGCCCCGUGCUAGAUAUAAAGAUUUUCAACACUAGUGUAGCAUGUCCCAUGAUAUACCCUAUGCAAACUUUUACUGGCUUGGGGAAUGACAAAAAAAUUGUUCUUUUCUCAUAUGAAACACUUGAAUUCAACCAUGCCAAAAGUCAUUUCAUAAUGAAUCUCAAAAAUUUUGUUUUUCAACACUUGCACCAACAAAAUUUCUUCAAUUUCAACCAACAUUUAGCAUAUAAAAAGCUCAUAAAUGCAAAUUGGAUGGCUCUAAUACCAAUUGAAAGCGCGAUUUGAGCAACGUAAGUUUAAAAUUGUAUUUUUGCCUAGGUUAUAUGCAUUUCAUGCCAAACUAAUUUUUACUAAUUUGUUCAAAGCAACAAGGUUCAACAUUUGUAACCACAACUAAUAUCUUGGCUAUUUUGCAAUUUAGAAAACUUAAAGGAACAUGCACUUAAAUUAAGUUUUAGGAUUUUACUCGAUGGGGCACUGAAUCACUAUUCAAUCACCUAAUCUGAGUAGCUAGGCCUCCAAAUGUAUCCCUCUAGUCUGUUCACGCAAACUCAACAAUCAAGACGAUCCAACCCUUGAACCGCAAUCCCCUUAAAGUUCUCUCUCUUUCGUCAAUCGAUUUGCACAAAAGGGUUUUACUAGGGCAAUUGAAGAAACAAUUCUUUCAAUUUCUAAUUCAAGAGUUACAUCUUCUAAUGUCUCUUGAAUUGAGUUAACAAGAAGAGCUUGAAGGUGUUAAUAAUGGAGUCUAGUUGAGAGAAGGGAAGAAGAUGAAUGUGAAACACUAAAGUAUCUCUAAACUUGCAUUGGGUUUCUUUUCAUAUUUUAUGGAUUCCCAUAUCCCUAAAGUGGUUGGGAAAUCUCCAAGUUUUAGAGAUUUCAAAUCCAUAACUAAGUGAGUAGAGGAGGAAUCUUCUCCUUUUUGGAGACACUUUACCACCUGUCACACACGUCAUAUUUUGUCUCCCACUGACAUGACUCAUGACAUCAUGUGUCAAAAGACUUUAAAACCCACUCAAGUAUCUUCUUUUUCACUAUGACAUGCCUCUUGCUACAUUUUCCUUGAUGUAACAUGCUCCAUGCAACAUUUGCCAUAGUUCAGCAUGCUCCAUGCUGCAUUUGUCUUGGUGUAGCAUGUUCCAUGCUAUCGUUGCAUACCCCAAGUAACACUUACACUGGGUUGCGACAAUGUCCCAUGCUGCAUUCCAUGCGAUUCUCGGCAUAUCUUGUUCUUUUCUUGCAUUUUCUUUGAAUCUAGUUUCAAGUUAUGCUAGAGACUUUAUAAUUUUAUUGCAAACUAAAUUCAUUAAUUUAAUUAAU